AUGUCAAUCAUCAAAAUCUACCAUUCUUUAAUAAAUAUGCUCCCAUAUGAAAAUGAUAAGAUUGUUUUUAGAGCUUUAACAAUCUUGCUCUGGUUAGGGACUUGCAUGGCAAAAACAUUAUCUGCUAACUUUGCUUUUGGCGAUUCUUUGGUGGAAGUAGGCAACAAUAACUACAUUGUAUCACUUUCGAAGGCAAAUUACAUACCAAAUGGGAUCGAUUUUGGGAUGCCCACAGGAAGAUAUACAAAUGGAAGAACAAUAGUAGACAUUCUAGGAGAGGAAUUGGGUUUGAAGGAUUAUACUCCGCCAUAUUUGGCUCCAAGGACAUCUGGCCCACUACUUUUGAGUGGUGUGAAUUAUGCAUCUGGUGGUGGUGGAAUUCUGAAUGAAACCGGAAAGAUUUUUGGUGGAAGGAUCAAUAUGGAUGCACAACUAGACAACUUUGCAAAUACGAAGCAGGAUAUAAUAUCCAGAAUUGGUGCUACUGCAACUCAAGAGUUGUUGAGUGGAGCUCUUUUUUCAGUAACAAUUGGUUCAAAUGAUUUUAUAAAUAAUUAUCUCACACCCGUUGUUUCAACAAUUGAGCGAAAACUGGUAUCUCCAGAAGCAUUUGUGGGAACCUUAAUUUCAAGAUUCAGAUUACAACUUAUGAGAUUAUAUGAUUUAGGUGCUAGAAAGAUUGUGAUCCCUAAUGUGGGCCCCAUCGGAUGCAUUCCAUAUCAACGGGACAUAAAUCUGUCCGAAGGAAAUGACUGUGUGGCUUUGGCAAAUCAUUUAGCUCAACUUUAUAAUCGGCAAUUGAAAAGCUUACUUCAAGAACUUAAUAUUAAACUCAAAGGUUCAACAUUCCUAUUUGCAGAUGUGUAUAAUAUUGUUGCAGAUAUCAUUCAGAAUUUCGAAUCAUAUGGUUUUGAGAAUUCAGAUUAUGCGUGUUGUCAUGUGACCGGUCAACACGGUGGUCUAAUCCCAUGUGGGCCCACAUCUAAAGUUUGUACCGAUAGAUCAAAGUAUGCUUUUUGGGACCCAUAUCAUCCUUCGGAUGCUGCCAAUGUUAUCAUUGCCAAACGUUUAAUGGAUGGAGGCCUUGAAGAUAUAUCCCCUUUUAACAUUAGAGCUCUUUUUGGAUCUUGA